CUAUAUAAACCAUCUCUUUUCAUAUGAAUCUUUACUUUGGUUUUUUCUCUUUAAACCAAGAUCACAUAUAAGUUCUACAAAAUGAAAACCAACUUCCACAAAGAAUUUGUGCCUUCUUUUAAUCACGAAAUCGCAGAAGAAGCGCAUGCUUAUGACGCUUCUAACGUUUGGUCUGGCGGCAUUGGAGAGGACACGUUUACACCUUCUCUUCCCAUAAGUUUUCUUGAAACCUUCUCACAAGAUUCAAGGUGUAAUGAAGUCAAACUAAAGUUAGAUGAUUUGGUUAAACACGAACAAGAUCUAACGAGGCGUGGCAAUUCAGACGCUCUAAGUGCCCACUUGCUCCAAAAAUCCAAAACUAGGAGGCCAAAGAAGCAAAUUGUCAGUAGCACUUCCAUUGGAAAGUGUACAUCAAAUUGUGGAUCAAAGAAGCAGUUUAGAGGGGUAAGGCAAAGGCAUUGGGGAAAAUGGGUGGCAGAGAUUCGUUUGCCAAGAAACCGGAUGAGGGUUUGGCUUGGGACGUUCAAAACAGCUGAAGAAGCUGCAUUUGCAUAUGACACGGCUGCAUAUAUAUUAAGAGGGGAUUUUGCACAGUUAAAUUUCCCGAAUUUAAAGACCCAUCUAAGGGCGAAUUCAGUAACUAGUAACACAGCUGCCUUGGUACAAGCUAAGUUACAAGGGCUGCCAAGGGCUAGUAAUGACCUAACAACCCCAUCUUUGCCUGAAAAAGACGAUACAUCUUAUAAUGGUGCAUCGGAAAUAAGCAUUGACAAAUGCAAGAAACCGUUAGAAUUGAUGUCACCAGAUUUUUCUGAAGAUGUUCAGCUUAGCAGAAUGCCUUCUUUAGACAUGGACAUAAUAUGGGAUUCUCUUGUUUUUGAUUAAUGAUUAUGUUUUGAGAACCUAAUAUAUAAUUAAAGUAGCCGGGUCUUGCUGCAUUGUGACCCUGAGCUUAUAUUAGAUUAGAAUUUUGGAUGUCAGAGUUUGAUUGUUAUUUGUUUUUUUGGUUUAUUCUUCUAAACUUGCUUUUAUGGUUUAUACAAAUUCCAAUUCUCAUU